CGAGAAUUUCGCCCGGUGAGCGAGGAAGGUGUACGUAAUAAAUAGACUGUCAUUUAUUCAAUAAUUCAUUCGCUUCCGAGUCUAUGCGGGUAUCGGAUAGAUAUAUUAGAAGGAAUUCAUCAAAGGCGUUAUACUCAGAAGCACUAGAACAUCAUUCAUUCGAAUUUUGGUAUUUCUGUGAUGAUGGGAAGACGUUUUUACGACUAUGUUUCUGGAUCAUUCUUGCCAGGUGUUGCCAUACUUUGAACCUGACAUUUUACUGUUCAGACGUCCACAGCUAUGAACAGCAUGACUUGUAUGAAAACGGAAUUAGACUCGACAUGAAAACAGCCAUCGUCUUUUCAAACAAAGGCAAUGGGAAAUACAUGUUGAAUACAGCAAGGCAUGAAGAACAAAGCAUGCAUGACGCCCACGUGUUGUUACAAAAAAAUCAUAGUGAUGUUGUCAACGAUAUCGUUGAAAUUGUGCUUGGUGGUUGGAGUAAUACCCGGUCAGUUAUGAGGAACCAAAUAUUUGGUCAAGCUUUAUCAACAUAUUACAGUGGGCUGCGUGCUAGAAACGCGGCUAUUUGA